UUCAGCAUACUGGGCGUCAUCUAUCAAUUCACGUCCCUGUAGAUCAUGGAGCGCUUCCUCGGCUAUCCUACCCCUUUACGAGCCUAUGGAUACUUUGCUGCCGUACAAGUCCUCAGCACGGCUACUCUAGGCUUCACAAGAGCUGAUUCUGCUCGAUCACGGAUAUUCCUCUCUAUCAUCAUUCUUUUACUGAAUUUUUUAGGAGACAGGACAAUUCAGGCCGCGUCUGAUGAUCUUUCCGUAAGAUUGUUCUUCUCGGGCAGUUGCUGGAUACACGCACUUCACAUCACAUCAUUGCUUGUUCAGUCAAGACUGGAGUACACAAUAGACGGUGACAAAGUAAUCAAGAACAAGUCUGGUGCACCAGAAUCAAUCUUUGUCUCUCGAGAGCCGUCUGGCGACGGUAAAUUCUUGAGUCGUCUGAAAUGGUCUCUUGCUAUGCAAUGGAACUUUCGGCGCAUCAAGACCUCCAAGCCCAGCAAGAACAUUCCACCAUUUUCCUAUACGAAUCCACAAUAUGUGCCUUCAAGAAUGAGAUUUUGCAUCUCUCGGAUGUUUUCCAUCAUUUUAUCGGUGGGAUACCUGGCCUUGGUUGAUCCACACCUACAACCAAAGUUCGAAGAUCUGGCUCCAAGCAGGGUCAUACUCUUCUCUCGCCUCAAGGAAAUAACACUUUUGGAGGUUGUCAGGCGGGUCAUGGCAACGAUAUCAUGGCUUGGGUGUGUCUUUGCCUCCAACGAAAUAUCGUAUGGCGCUUUGGCUAUAAUUUUUAACAUCUUAGGACUGAGCGAGCCAGUCAUGUGGCCAUCCUCGUUUGGUCCUCUGAGGCAGUCGUAUAGUCUCCGGAACUGGUGGGGGGUUACGUGGCAUCAAACAUGGCGGUCUUUCUUAUCUGAUCAUGCCGACCUGGUCCUGUUUCGGAUCAUGCGUCUUCGCAAGUCCACCUUCUCGUUUUACGCCAAGCUAUUUCUCGCGUAUUUUAUCUCGGGGCUUCUUCACCUGCCUCCGGACAUGGCCGCCGGAGUACCCUUAUACGAGAGCGGCGCGAUGGGUUUCCUUCUCGUUCAAGUUGCUGGAUUGAUAUUCGAAGAAACCAUGCAGAAAUUAAACAAGAAGAUGGGCCUGAUUACGAACUCACUCAUGGUAAAGACGAUUGGAUAUAUUUGGGUGGCCUUCUGGCUGACAUGGACGUUGCCAUGGCUUGCUUUUCCUCGUACAAGGUAUAGGCCACUUAACUUCAUGCUUGAGCCCCCUGAUGGCCAUCUAUGAUACUUCUAUAGGGUAGAUUGCGAGAGAAGUUGAUGCUGAAACAAAAUGUAAUGAAGGAUCUUGUACUUAGAGGCAAUCGCAAGGACACAGCUAGUCACAUCAGCAAGUAUAUUUUAGUUUCGUAC